AUGGCGCAAAAAUUCAUGGAUAGGUUCAAGUUUAACAUUGAGGCAAUUCCGGACAGGUUCUACUUGAUGAAAUUGGAAAAGAGGUCAACAGAGUCAUUCAGAGAGUAUGCAAUGCGGUGGAGAGCAGAUGCCGCAAAAGUUCAACCUUCAAUGGCAGAAAGUGAGAUAACCUCUCUUUUUAUACAAUCCCAAAAGGAUGCAACGUACUAUGAAAAGAUGAUAAGUGUUGUAGGGCAAAAGUUCUUUGAGGUUAUCAGGAUAGGAGAAUUUAUAAAAGAAGGUAUUAAAACUGGAAGAAUCACUAAUUUGGCUGCCCUACAAGCAACAAGUAAGGCCAUUCAGUCGGAUUCAAUCGGAGGUGCCCUUAAGAAGAAGAAGGACGGUGUGUCUGCUGUCAUGACCAUCCAGGAACGUAGGCCAAACCAAAUGUUAACCUACCAAAACCCAUUACCCCAACCUUCAUACUAUAGUCAGUAUACCCAAAUUCCUCAACCAUAUUAUCAACCUUCACCUGCCCCUUACCCAAUUUACACUACCCAACCCACAUAUUGUCCACCUAGAGCACCUGCCUAUCCGAAUCCAUCACGAUACCAACCCGCAUAUCCAGCCCAAUCCCACUACCAACCACAAAACCGUCCAUCAAAUGCACCCAGACCCCGCCCAAACUUUGAAAGAAGACCAGCCAAAACUUAUACACAUUUAGCCGAACCUUUAGCCCAACUAUAUGAACGGUUGAGAACUGCAGGAGUACUCCAACCAAUCCAAGGACGAAUUCCCAAUCCCCUUCCUGGAUGGUAUGACGAGACCAAACACUGUGCAUAUCACUCUGGAGCUGCUGGACAUGAUACUGAAAGUUGCAUUACUCUUAAAGACAAGAUUGAGGCAUUGAUCAAAGAAGGAAUCAUUCAACUCAAAGGUGUUGCCCCCAAUGUAAACAACAACCCGCUGCCAAAUCAUGGCAAUGUUCACAUGAUCACCGUUGAUGAAGAUUGUAAUUUGGAAGGGACCAUAGUACCAGUCAAGAUAGAGAAGAAUGUUGAGACAUCCGCCUUUAUUUCUCCUGUAAUCACAGUCCAAGUACGAGCGCCAAUUGAAGUGGAAGCUUUUCUUCCUAAGCCUAAGAUCGUGGCCUUUGCCGUUCAAUCAUCCCCUCUUGACACUAAUGCAGUUCCUUGGGAUUACUCGAUUGAUGCAAGGGACAAAGGAAAAGGAAAGAUAGUUGUAGAAGCUGUUGCUGCAGGAAUGACAAGAUCCGGGCGUUGUUAUGCCCUUGAAGAAGUUGUACGAGGAGGACCAAACAAGGAAAACAACCAAAAAAGGGUUGUGACAGAGGCUGAAGUGGAAGAUUUCUGGAGGAAGAUGCCAACUAAGGAAUAUUCAGUUGUUGAACAGCUGAAGAAAACUCCCGCUCAAAUUUCCUUAAUGGCCUUAUUGAUGAAUUCUGCAACUCAUAGGAACGCUUUGGUGAAGGUUUUAAAUGAAGCUUAUGUUCCAGCUGAGACCACUAGUGAGAACUUUUCUGCCAUGGUAGGACAAGUUUUGGAAGCUAACAAAGUCACCUUUCAUGAAGAUGAGUUGCUUCCUGAAGGUUUGGGACAUAACAAAGCGUUGAACAUUACUGUCAGGUGUAGGGAUAAGUUUAUUUCCAAUGUUCUGAUUGAUAAUGGUUCAGCUGUUAACAUAUGCCACUUCACUACUCUUCGAGCUUUGGGAAUUGACAUUGGAAAGAUUCAUGAAAGUCAUGUAAAGGUUAGAGGAUUUGAUGGGACACAAAGGGGAGUCAUUGGAGAAAUUGAUCUGCCAUUGCAAAUUGGACCUGUGGAGUUCAUUGUGGAAUUCCAAGUGUUGGCUAUAUCUGCUAGUUAUAAUUUGUUACUUGGAAGGCCAUUGAUUCAUAUGGCUGGUGUGGUCCCUUCCACUUUGCACCAGACUUUGAAAUUUGUUUGGAACCAUUAG